AUGCUCGAGGACCAGCUUUAUAGAACGUCUACUCAAUAUCGCCUUUGGUCAUUCACCAAGGAAUCUCUAGGUUCCAUUCGACAAAACACCAAUUCCCUAGCCAGCUCUCGAGUCAAAGUCGCCAUUCGCCGAGCGCAGGAAGCGCGUCGACCCGCGUCGACCCCAGGAGAAAGCAAUGGAGCAAAUUCAAAGGACAAAGGAACUGCAGGGACGAAGGAAGCGGUUCCAUGCUUGACGGCGGAAGAUGAAUUGGAAUUGGUGCAAUACUACUGUGAGAAGACACUGGAGCUGGGGGACGAAUAUAAACCUCCACUACCGACAACGGUGAGGGCGACAGCGAUCCAAUAUCUCCGCCGUUUCUACCUUACCAACUCACCCAUGACCUAUCACCCCAAGUCCAUUAUGCCUUGCGCCGUCUUCCUUGCCACGAAAACAGAUAACUACUACAUGCCCCUCCGUUCUUUUGCCGAGAAGAUACCAAACACAACCCCGGAGGAUAUUAUUGCCCCAGAAUUCCUACUUACCCAGGGCCUCCGUUUCGCUUUCGAAAUCCGCCACCCCUUUCGAGGUUUAGAAGGUGGAAUCAUGGAACUCACCGCCAUAGCACAAGGCAACGGAUCAGCAGCCCCCCAUCACACAGGAGUAACAUCGGCAAUGCUCCAAGAAAUUAUUAAUUCUGUCCCUUCACCAUCCCCAGAAGGAGUGGCACCAGCUUCAGUGACUGACCGGAUUGCCACCGCCCACGGAAAAUCCAGACAGAUCCUCAAGACCGCAGCUCAAAUGACAGACGCCUACUUCCUUUACACACCAUCGCAGAUAUGGCUUUCCGCGCUUUUGCUCGUGGACAAACCGCUCCUGGAUUUCUACCUAGACACAAAGCUCGCCCGGGCAAAAGACGAUCCUCACCCAUCAUGGAUACCACAGGUUGUCCCCCACCUAAUCUGCGACAUGCACAAGCUCUCGGCUCUCCGUGGAGAGCUCGACACUGUCCUAGCAAACUGCUCUGCUCUUUUAAACGCCUAUUUGACUAGUCACGAUCCCAACGCCCCUCCUGACCCAGCUCGAAUGAAAAACUUAAAGCGCAUCGGCAAGAAGUUAUAUCACUGCCAGAAUCCAGAAAAACAUUCGGAAUUAAAUGCAAGUGGCGCUCGGGCUGGAAAAAGGGAGGGUUCAGGGAGCGUGACACCGGCAUUGCUGCCUACGGCUGGCGAGGACGAUACUGAGGGUCGAACACCAAAAAAGCGAAAAUUGGAGGCCGAUGCAGCGGAUGCCGGAUGA